UGACCGGUCUCUGCGCCACUUCCGGGUAGAAUCUCAUCCAAUCAGAGCGGAGCGGAGACAUGGCGGCGCCGUACAGCGACAGCGACAACCCCUUCCAGGAUCCGGCGGUGAUGGAGCAUCGCCCCACUGCUCAGUACGCCACAUUAGAUGUCUACAAUCCAUUCGACAACAUGGGGGUACCUCCACCUUACCAUGAGCCGUCGGUCCAACCAGCCGCCUCUUUGCCUGCCGCCACACUCCAGCCGACUGUCACUCCAGCUGUCAAGAAACAAAGCCCCACCGAACCCAAAAACUACGGCUCCUACGGAACACAGGAAUCUACAGCUGCAGCGACUGCAGAUUUAUUAAGGCGCCAGGAGGAGCUUAACCGAAAGGCGGAAGAACUAGACCGAAGAGAACGAGAGCUCCAGAACGCUGCGCUUAGUGGAGGCGCCUCAAGACAGAAUAACUGGCCGCCGCUGCCAUCGUUUUGCCCGGUGAAGCCUUGUUUCUAUCAGGACAUAAGUGUGGACAUACCACAGGAGUUCCAGAAGACGGUGUCCAUCAUGUAUUACCUGUGGCUUGUCAGUGCCGGGACUCUGCUGCUGAACUUCCUGGCCUGUCUGGCCUUGUUCUGUGUAGAUGGAAACGGGGCCUCUGGUUUUGGCAUGUCCAUCCUCUGGGCUAUCCUCUUUACACCGUGCUCUUUUAUUUGCUGGUACAGACCGCUGUACAAGGCCUUCAGGAGUGACAGCUCCUUCAAUUUUUUUGUCUUCUUCUUCAUCUACUUUGUUCAAGACAUAAUGUAUGUGCUGGAGGCGGUGGGAAUCCCUGGAUGGGGCUUCAGCGGCUGGGUCACUGCUUUCAGUGCCUUGAAGGAAGGUCACACCGCGGCCUCCGUGUUUAUGAUGAUAGUGGCGCUGCUCCUCACGGCAACCGCCACCAUGGGCAUCGUCAUGCUGAAGAGGAUCCACUCCAUUUAUCGCCGGACUGGUGCCAGUUUCCAGAAGGCCCAGGAAGAGUUUGCCGCUGGUGUGUUCUCUAACUCUGCCGUGCGCACAGCGGCGACUAACGUAGCGGCAGGCGCUGCACAAAAUGCAUUCAAGCCUUAAGAUGGAAUGUGACUGGAGCGCCAUCUAUCCUCACAUCCCUGCACUAUCGGACUGUAUUGCGGCAGCUCGUUCCGGAGCUGACAGACAUUGAGCUGCCGCUCUUCAUUAAUGCUUGUGUGUCUGUAUUAACACAAUGUUGUCAGAGCUGUGAGUGUGACACUGUACGGGGGUCGUGUGCGAGUGACAAGUGUCAGCACCAGGCCACGUCUGGUUGUCAUGAGUGGGGGGUGACCCCAACUACCAGGCCAGAACAUCGUCCCACUCAGGAUUAACCCUUCUCUGCCUGUGAAGGGCUCUUAUCAGUUAAUGCCGGGUGUCCCUGUGUUGUCGGGAGGGGGGUGUGCAUGCCUCACGUUUACAUGUGUGUUCUGUUAAAGGGGUAAUGCAUGUAGCCUUAGACUGAUCCCAGCCCAGGUCAUGUUGCCGAAGGGUCAGAUCUGUUGAGCAGCCGAUGCCAAAUUAAACAAUUUUAUUAAGUCUA